AUGUGGUCUUAUGUUUUUAAUAAUCGUGAGGAUUAUUGUAAGUAUUUUACUCAGAAAACCCCUGCUCUGACCUCUCCUGCUGAUGCUAUGCACUUUACGGGAUUCGAUUUCGCUGUGGAGGUCCAGAAUGAGGGUUUUAAUGUUUUCCUCUAUGGAACCAAGGAUGGCUGGUUCAAGUUCGGUAUGAGUUACACCUAUGCUCCUCCGGAGGUUUUCGACACCAACACAACCUCAUCAAGUUUCUUAUCUCCAAGCUUCAAUUUAUGGUCACUUGGCCUAACUUUGAAAGAAAUAUCCAAUCUCACAGGCGACAUUGAUCAUCGACUCACCCCUUCAAUUGAAAAAGUAUUUGGCGAUUUCCUUGAUGUGGUUCCGAAUGCUAGAAUCAAACCUGAAACCGCAUUGAUAUUACCCUACUUUGAGAAUGCAUCCUCCGGGACCAAAGAUCCAUACUCCCCCUCGUAUCUUUCUAAAUUUGUAGACGACAUCGCCGUUACUGUUAAUGUGAUCAACUAG